GGAGGUCCACAGCCAUGAAGCUGAUCAUUCUGACUACUCUGGUGGCGGCUGCCGCCGGCGGCCUCGUCAGUGGAAACUUAGGAGGACCGUAUGGAGGACAGUUCGGAGGACCGUUCGGAGGACAGUAUGCAGGAUCGUAUGGAGGACCGUUCGGAGGAGCGCAUGGCGGCGUCUCGGGUGCCUACGGAGGGGAUUACUACGCUGUCCCCGACUAUAGCACGGCUUACUCCGUCAAGGACCCUUACUCCGGUGUGGACGUUGACAAGCAGGAAAACCGCCUCGGCCACAAGACGGAGGGUUCUUACUCGGUCCUGCUGCCCGACGGUCGUAAGCAGGUGGUGACCUACUGGGUCGACGGCAAGUCGGGCUACAACGCUGACGUCAAGUACUUGGGUGUUGCCAAGCAUCCGAAGAAGCCCAUCGCUCACGGCAUCGCUCACGGCAUUCCUCACGGUGCUGGCUUUGGAGGCAUCGGCCCUGCUGGAUUGGCUGGGCCGUACGGCGGUGGACACAUUUAUUGAUUGUCUAGUGACGGUCACUGUCAUGGAAUGCACGGUCACCAAUAUACGUGAGCUGUCCAGUGCUUAGGCAUGCUGUUUCUAUUCAUAACACUUGACUAUUGUCGUGCCGAUCCGUAAUACAACCUCAGCAGCCAUGAAAAGCAACCUAAAAGUUAGUAAAGGGAAAAUAUGUGUGUGGUUUCUUCCACUGUACAGGGUUUCAUGAUCUUGCAGACCAAUUUGGUCAUCUAGCAUGUCAUAAUCGCCAGUGGUGUACCAAAUGCAACGAAAAAAAUGUGUUGAACAGCAGGUAUCCAAGGGAAAUCUUUCAGUCGUGCUCCAAGGACAGUUUUUAGAAGUUCAAGCCUAUAACAUGCAGUCAUGUUUUCACUAGCGCAUGAUGCCUUUUGUUCUUUGGACAAAUUAGGCAAACGAUAUCGCUUGCAAGAUAACCGAUACUUAAAGAGUUGUGUUCAAGGUCGAAUCUAGCACAAAAUCUGAGACGGAGCGAAACAAGGGAGCAGU